AUGCGCAAUCACCGCAGCCGCGGAAGGAAAGGAAUCACCGCACCCUCGCCUGCCCACAUCUGCGCUCUCCCACGACGCGCAGUCACCGCAACCCACGCCGCCACACCCUCGCGCCUGCACCAGCACCUCGCCCCGCCCCUGUCCGACACCGCCGAGCACCCGUUGCAGAUCCGUGAGAAGCCACGCCGGUUUAACGAAGAAGCUGAGCAAAAAAGAGGAGCAUUUGAUCCUGAAGGCACUGCUUCUCACAGUAGCAUGAGAUCAGUCAAGAGACUCUCCAUAUAUACUUUUGAAAUAAGCACUAACCAAGAUCUACUUUGUUUCUGGUGUCUUACUGACCAUUGGGCUAAAGCAAGCUAUGUAAUUCUCCACCAAGCUGGCCUAAGAAUCACAAGGGUUCAAUCUAUUUCGGGUUUGGCUUUUUCCUGGUCCUCAUUGGAUGGGCCUGCCUUAGGCAUGAUGGUGGACUCUUGCUUCAUCAUGCUCUUCAGCCUGAUCGGCUGUGGUACAGGCAGUGCUGUAGCUGCCGCACAAGGUACCGAAACUAUUACAGCCAAUCCAAAACAACUGCAGCCCAAACAACACGUCUGGCAGGAGAGCAAUGCGAAGGUGCUCGAGGCGCUCAAGGAGAUUCAGUCAGAGCACGCAACCAUCAAGCGUGAUGGGCAGUGGUCGCAUGGCCACCCUGCUUGCGACCUCGUCCCUGGGGACAUCAUUGAGCUCUUGUACAACUGUGAUUUGCGUUGA